AUGACCCACAAUUCAGAUGGCCUUACACUAUCUCAGGCUAAGUAUGAGCUUGAGAUUUUGGAUCUUGCUCAAAUGAAACAUUGUAAACCUAUGGGUACACCUAUGAUGUCGAAAAAGAAAGGACUCGCAAGUGAUGUCCCUUUUCCUGAUCCGAGUUAUUAUUGGAGUAUUGUUGGGGCACUUCAAUAUCUCACUCUUACUCGCCUUGAUUUAGCAUUUACUGUUAAUUUUGCAUCCCAAUUUUUGCAAUUUCCUAGUAAGGCUAAUUACAAAAUGAUUGGGCAAGUUGUCAUUUGUCGCUCCACCACAGGCUACUGCAUUUUCUUAGGAAGAAAUUGCAUUUUCGAGUUUGCCAAGGAAAAAAAUACAAUAUCCCAGUCUAGCUCUAAAGCAGAAUAUCGAGCCAUGUGGAGCACCACUGCAGAAAUUACUUGGAUUUCAUUUCUAGCACGUGAUCUUGGUGUUACUCUCCCAUAG